AUGAUCAGAUAUCACAUCAUUGUGCUUGUUUUAUAUUUCUUUACCUCUCGACGAGUUAUUGGCAUUUCCGAAGAAAUGCAAGAACUGAUAAACCAACUCCAAUGCGUUGCAGAAACARGAGUUUCAGAGGAUUUGAUCAACAAAGUUAAUUCGGUUAAAGUAAUGAUCGACGACGAGAAAUUAAAAUGUUACAUCAAGUGUUUAAUGACUCAAACUGGCUGUAUAAGUGACGACGGUGUUGUUGACGUUGAAGCCACUAUAGCCCUGCUCCCUGAAGACAUGCAAGUUAAAGGAGCUCCUACGAUUAGGUCUUGUGGGGCUAAAAUGGGGGCCAAACUUUGUGAGAGUGCCUGGUUGACUAAUAAGUGUUACUUGGAAACAAAUUCAACGAUAAAAGGGCUGAAAUCAGAGGAAGAAAUUUAUAAUAUUUUUUCUCAAGGACUACGUAUUGAUCUUAGCAAGGCGGAAAUGACACUAAACUGUUUAUUUCGAAUAAAUAAAACUUGCACGUUGACUCCAGUAUUGAUCAUUAUUUUAAUCUUUUUUUUUCUUUUUGUAAUUCAGUACAACAUAAAAUGA